AAAUACCUAAUUAUAAUUCGGAAUCUGAUUUAUCUAAUGAAGAAGAAGAAGAAAGUGACAUAUUCUCUAAUGCACAGGAAAAUCAAUCUGAUAAUCCUGAAUUAAUUGUAAAAGAUACACAAACAAUUAUUUACAACUCACUUUUUGAAUAUUGGGAUCGCUCAUCACAAAUUUGCCUUCUUUCCACAUUAUUAGAUUUUCAGCUAAAAGAAAUGACAUUUACAAAUGAAGAAGCUCGCAAGAAUACCAAUGAUGAAUGUAGAUACCAACUUCGUCACUAUAUGAAUAUAGCAUCAGAAGAAAGUAUUAUUUCAUCUAGCUCGAUAAACCUCUCUUCUAACAAUAUGUUUAAAGACCUUAUAUUUGGUAAAGCUCAAAGGUUGCAAGAAUCUAUAGAUGAUUUGGAUUGUUACCUUGACUUUAGGCGGACACUGUAG